CGUCCCUGAGCGCUGACUCGGGGCGGAGCGUUCGGCGUAAUCCUGCCCCUAUCCGGAAGCGCUCAAGACAUGCUUUCGAAGGAACGAAUGAUGGUCUCCAGAGACCUCCUGAAGAGCUGGCAUGAAGCGGUGGAGGCGGUGGACGAGAAGAACUGGGAGUCCGCCCUGAAGAUCUUCUCCGCCGUCGCAGAGCCCCCUUCCAAGAUCGAUUUCAACGUCGGCUGCCUCCGUCUCUCGAGCGGAAACCCCGAGGGCGCCUUGAAGGCUUUCGACAGGGCGGUGGCUAAGGAUUCGUGCCUGGCGGUUGGUUUUUUCCAGAGAGGGAGUGGUUCAUCUCCAGAUGGAGAAAUUUGCGAAGCCCUGUCUGACUGCCGGAUGGCCUUGGAGCAGCUGAGAGACAACCGUUUCAUUGAUUAUAAUCAACUGGGCCUGAGGUACACGCUGUACGCCUGGGAGGUGAGUCCGCACACGGAUACCUCCCUCCUUUCUCUUCCCUGCUGCCGUUUUCAGGUGGUCUACAAUACCGCGGCUGCUCAGGCCCGGCUGGGGCUGUGGCCCGAAGCCCGGAGGAGUUUGGAAGGAGCCGGGGGCCGGAGGCCGGAAGGGAGACCCCCGGCCCUCGAUGUCGCCGUGGAGCGGGUGCGGAAACGACUCUUCCUCGACCCCUUGCAAAUCCCCCCCGGCGAAGUCUUCAGGCCCCGGAAGAGAUACGUAGAGCAACUCCGGUCGAUGGAUUUCCUGGGGAAACCCAAGGUCAUUUCUUCCAUCGUCCCCAAUGACGGAUACACCGGAUUCGAGCCCCUCCGGCCCCGGGUAAGGACCGAACCCCCCGGGGGUUUCCCCGCCACCUCUGCAUCAGACGAGAACUCCUUCCAAUGGGCUUUAAGGGACUCGACGGGCUCGCCCCCUCCUUCCUUACCUCCGCGAUUUCUCCUUACGAAGCGGCCCAACCCGCGACCUACCGAGUCGAUCCGCUACGUCGCGUGUACUGUGCUGAGCGUUUCCGAGCCCCACUCUUCAUCCACUGAGUUGCCUCCUGGGCCUGGUCUGACGCAGGGCCCGUUCGCCGCGGGAGAGAUGUCCCAUGGCCCAGGGAGGCCCAUCCAACUUCAGGUGCGCUGUGCCUUCACACUGGCUCUGGAUGUCAGUCGGGACAUAACCGUGUCCAACCUCCGCGCUCUGCUGAGAGAAAAACUCCUCCAACGGACAGAAGAGAUGCAACUGAGUUACCGUCACCGGGGUAGCCAAGAGUCCGUCUUGGUGUCGGAAGGAGAGGGGCUCGAGGAGAUGUGGCAGCGGGCUGCAGACGGGAAGCUGAAUCUCUGGUGCCAGGAUCCACCAGACGGCGGCAGCCGCUCCGCCCUCCGUCGGACGGCGGCUCGGCACGGCUUUCGCGCCCCGAACCCAGAGGAUUUGGAGUUCAGCAAGGGGGACACCCUAGACGUCCUCUCUGAAGUGAACGCUGAGCGGUCACUGCGGAGGCGCCUGUGGAAUCUUCCCCAAGUGUUUCGCCGCUCGGAUCUUCCCAGAAACCCCACCCCGAACCUCAGGAGAAGCGGCUUCGGAGGAGACCCUCCCGCGGGAGACCACCGGGUAGGGCCUGCCGGGGUCCCAACCAUCCCGGCCAACGCGGCCGAUCCCCGGAUAUCUGAGGGAGCAGAGUUGGCGGAACGUACUCCCUAGAGCUUAGAGCGGCUGGUCUACACCCCGGCUUCCGAUUUAGACCGGUCUCGCCCCCGCGGCCCGUGUCCGCGGAUGAUAGUCGACUCGCGAGAGGGAGCUGGGAGACCCACCUUCGCACGAGACCAGUUAGUUUUCUCUGUUUUUGUAGUAUUUGUACCAAAUACCGUUCUAAGAGCUGGAAUAGAUACUAGUUUAUCAGGUUGGACACAGUCCCUGUCCCACCUGGGGCUCACAGCCUAAAUGGGGGGUGGAGGGGUUUAAUCCCCACUUCCCAGUUAAGGAAGCUGCGGCCCAGAGGAGUUGAGUGACUUGCCCGAGGUCACACAGCAAGCAAUCGGCGGAGUGGGGAUUAGAACCCAGGUCCUCUGACUCCCAGGCCCGGGCUCUUUCCGUAGGCCACGCUGCUUCUCAAGAUCCGUCAUUCCAGGGGACCCCCGUUACUCACACAGUAAGCACUCAGUAAAUAUUCUUUCAUUCAUUCAGUCGUAUUCAGUGAGCGCUGUGCGCAGAACACUGUACUAAGCGCUUAGAAAGUACAGUUCGGAAAGAGAUAGAGGCAAUCCCUACCCAACGGCGGCAACUGCGCUCGGGAAAUCGAUCAUGCGGUGCCUCUAGACUGUAGGUCGUGGGCGGGAAACGUCUUUUUAGGGUUGUAUCGUCUUCUCCCAGGGGCUCGGUGCAGUGUUUUGCGCACACUUUGCCGAGAUCUCUAGUCUGCAAGGGCUCUGAACUCUUCCCGGUGUUUAGACUGAAAGAGGCGUGAAGAGCUUUCCGUGACCUCAAAACCUCCCCUUCUCCAAACCCUUCUCCCACUUUCUGGGUACGUUCCAAUAAAGUACGAGUUUGGUU